CUUCCUCCCGCGGGGAGCUGUCCCUUUAACGUGGGAGGCGGGGCCAAGAAGUCACGAGAAGCCGGGAACAGCUGGUGCCGAGGCUGGCUGGUGGUGGAAGGCUGGAGCCAAGCUGGGUCUGGGGACGGCUGGGCAGGCAGGCCUCCUGGUGGUUGCUGGAAUGGACAGCUCUCUGACAGGCUGCGCUAAGGCCGAGCACUUCCACACCGUCACUCCUCUGCUGGAGAGCUGGGCGCUUUCCCAGGUGGCAGGCACGACUGUCUUCCUCAAGUGUGAGAAUGUGCAGCCGGCCGGUUCCUUCAAGAUCCGGGGCAUUGGGCAUUUCUGCCAGGAGAUGGCCAAGAAGGGAUGCAGACACCUGGUGUGCUCCUCAGGGGGCAAUGCAGGGAUUGCUGCUGCUUAUGCCGCUCGGAAGCUGGGCAUCCCUGCCACCAUUGUGCUCCCGGAGGGCACCUCCCUGCAGGUGGUGAGGAGGCUGCAGGGGGACGGGGCUGAGGUUCAGCUGACUGGAAAGGUCUGGGACGAGGCCAGUCUGAAGGCGCAAGAGUUGGCCACGAGGGAUGGUUGGGUGAACGUCCCUCCAUUUGACCACCCCCUGAUCUGGGAAGGCCACGCCAGCCUGGUGCGAGAGCUGAAGGCAGCACUGGGGACCCCACCGGGGGCCCUGGUGCUGGCAGUAGGGGGUGGGGGGCUCCUGGCUGGGGUGUCAGCUGGCCUGGCAGAGGUGGGCUGGCAGCAUGUGCCCAUCAUAGCUGUGGAGACCCAAGGGGCACACUGUUUCAAUGCAGCCAUCAAGGCGGGCAGGCUAGUCACGCUGCCAGACAUCACCAGCGUGGCCAAGAGCCUGGGUGCCAAGACCGUGGCCGCGAGGGCCCUGGCAUGCAUGCAGGAACUGGAGAUCAUCUCUGAGGUGGUGGAGGAUGUCCAGGCUGUGAGCGCUGUGCAGCAGUUCCUGGAUGAUGAGCGCAUGUUGGUGGAGCCUGCCUGCGGGGCAGCUCUGGCUGUCAUCUACUCAGGCCUCCUAGGGAGCCUCCAGGCUGAGGGCCGCCUGUGCCCCUCCCUGGCCUCGGUCGUGGUCAUUGUGUGUGGAGGCAACAACAUCGAUGGGGGAGGGCUGCAGGCUCUGAAAGCCCAGUUGGGUCAGAGCUGAGGGCUCCUCGUCGGGGAUGGACACCCCUGUAGCUGGCUGAGGCUUGCUCCCUGUGCUCAUGGCUGGCGGUGGAAGCUGCCCCCUGCUUCUGUACCAGCUGCCUCCUGCAGGAAGCCCUCCUGAAAUGCUUCCCUUGGCUCCCCUGCAGCCCUGGCCAAUAAACACUCUGAGUUGAAUUUGUAA